AGUGCACCAGGAACCCUUUGGAGGGUUUUGAGUAGAAGAGUAACAUGAUCCUGAUUGUGGUUAUGGAGAAGGUGGAGAUGCAUACUGCACAGCCUGCCCUCCCCGCAGAUACAAAAGCAGCUAGGGCCACCAUAGAUGUCAGACUUGCAUCACCUGUGCUGUCAUCCAUCAUAUCCAAAAAGCCAACUGCACAGCUAUCUCUAAUGCCGUCUGUGGGGACUGUCUGCCUAGGUGCCUUCCAGUUGAGCUUAAUGAAGGCAGAUGUACACACAGCCCCUCAGGAGGCCACACCUGUUGCAAUGAUGAGCAGUCUUCUGGUGUUUACCCUGGUCUUCCUGGGGCUCUUCUUCCUCUACUGCAAGCAAUUCUUCAACAGACAUUGCCAGCGUGGUGUACAAUAUAGUGAUUCAAAAAUUCCAUAUAUUGCUCAGUGCUCAUCAAGGUAACUAAUGAUAAAAUCAUUCUGAAUACCCAAGAAAUUGAACUGAGGACUGAGAGAACAAACUGCACAACGAGAGGCAGAGAAGAGGCCACAAUGAGGAAGGUAGGAAGUAGGGAGAAGUGGUUUGGGGGAGGAAUGGAUCUCAGGUACUGUGGAGGGGAGGGAGCCAUGGUCAUAAGGGAAGGCAAGAGAGAGAGAGGAGAGCACAUGGAUAUGCAUAAGGAGAACACUUCCCCAAUGCCAUUGGCUGGGGAAAAUAGAGGGGCUUGUUUUCAUGAGUUUUUGCAACCAGUGGGGCUCAAAGACUGAAGUUUUAGAGGUCUCCAGGAUUGGCUGGAAUACAGAACCUUAAGAUGCCUCCCUACACCUGGAAAAGAGGCAGGCAAAUGACCCUGGAGCAGACUGCACAAUCUGAGGAUUGCCUAAGGCACAUAGGGAGAGACAGUUGGAGCUCAUGUUUGAGAGGUAGUAUUACCUCUCUGGGGGCAAGACAGUCAGAAGCCAUUUCACUUCCCACAAAGAGACACCUGAUGAAGGUGGCUAACCCAGACACUGACUGUUUAAUGUGCUUUGCUCCAAAUCCCACUUCCCUACACUCUGACACAACUGCCCUUUUUAAUCAUAACUGCAUCAGUUCCACCAGGGUGAGACCAUUUUCCAGAGGACCAGCAUAGGUCCCAGCCACAACAGGUCACUGAAGUUUGGAAUUUUAAAAAUCAGCAGGCCUUGCUGGGGUAGAGCCUACGGUGCACUGCACUGUUUUAGGCAGGCCACUGACCCAGAGACAGUGUGAAAACAGUGAUCUGACAAAUACCUGUGACACAUGAGGGGAAGUUUUUUGUUCCUCUGUAAGUGCUUCACUGGCAGCAAAUAGAAUGAACUCCCCUCUAUAGGGACAAAGGAAAAGACUGGUGCUAUUUUCCUCCCCUGCCCCUCAGGAUAAACCAACAUCAGCAACAGUGCAGGACCAACACUGAUGGUCUAACUUGUUUACACCAAGUUCUGGCCCCUGCACCCUGCUGGUAUUGAUUUUCUUGAGCAAAUGUGUGUAAGGACCAGCACAGCAAAGACCUUCCCCAGAAAACUGGCACAAACCUCCACAGGCACCUCAUCUACUGAUCAUAGAGUUCUGCAAAGCUUCAGCUCUGGUGGAAAUAGGAUAAGGUCUCUUUUAACAAGCAAAACAGAGCACACCUAGUUAAAACUCACCACAUUCUGGCCAAAGCCCAAACACCCCAUACUUCAAGCAAGGAGACAUCUACAUAAGACUGACUUGAGGGAUAGAGCAGCCAAAACACAGGAGCAGAAUUCACGCAGCGGCAUACACCAGAGACACUUCCUGAGACAGUAAGCCCUGGACAUUAUAUGAUCUCUUCUUCAUAAAGCCAUUACUCUCAGGAGCAUGUAACAUAACAGGUUUCUCUAACAAAGAGAAGAAUACAGAGAUCUAGACAAAAUGCCAGAAUGGAGGAAUUCAUCCCCCAAAAAAGAACAAGUUCAUUGCCAGAGAUCUAAUCAAAGCAGAUAUAAGUAAUAUGAGUUAUACAGAAACUAAAGCAACAAUCAGAAAGGUAGUAGCCAGGCUAAAAAAAAAAAAAAAAAAAAAACAGACUGAAAUGAAAAGUACAAUAACCGAGAUUUGAAACUGACAGGUUGUAAUGACCACAAGGAUUGAUGAAACAGAGGAACAAAUAAGUCAUAUAGAAGAUAGAAUUAUGGAAAAUAAUGAAGCUGAAGAAACAAAAGAAAGACAAAUUUUGUAUCAUUAAAGUAGACUAAGGGAACUCAGUAACUCCAUGUUACAUAAUAACAUUUGUAUCAUAGGAGUCCCAGAGGAAGAGAGAGAAAAGGGGCAGAAGGCUUAAUUAAGGAAAUUAUAGCUGAAAAUUUCCCUAGUCUGGGGAAGGAAAUAGACAUCCAGAUCCAGGAGGCAAAACCUUAAAUAUGAGACAGGAAACCAUAAAAAUCCUAGAGAAGAACACAGGCAGUAGUUUCUUUGACAUCAGUCUUUGCAACUUUUUACUAGAUAUGUCUCCUGAGGCAAGGAAAACAGCAAAUAUAAACUAUUGGUACUUCAUCAAGAUAAAAAGCUUCUGCACAGUGAAGAAAGCAAACAGGAAAAUUAAAAGGCAACAUUCAGAAUGAGAGAACAUAUUUGCAAAUGACAUAUCUGAUAAAGGAUUAGUAUCCAAAAUAAGGAACUUAUCAAACUCAAAACCCAAACAGGAAAUAAACCAUAUAAAACAUGGGCAGAAGACAUGAAUAGAUAUUUAACAAAGAAGACAUCUAGAUUGCUAACAGACACAUGAAAAUAUGCUCAACAUCACUCAUCAUCAGGGAAAUAUAUGUCAAAACUACAAUGAAAUAUCUCCUCACAACAGUCAGAAUGGUAAAAUUAACAACACAGGAAACAGCAGUUGUUAUUGAGGAUGUGGAGAAAGGGGGACUCUCUUAUACUGUUGUUGGAAAUGCAAACUGGUACAGCCACUCCAGAAAACAGCAUGGAGGAUAUUUAAAAAAUUUAAAAAUAGAAAGGCCCUACAAUCCAGCAUUUGCACUACUAGUUAUUUACCCAAAGGUUACAAAAAUACUGAUUGGAAGGGGCACAUGCACCCCAAUGUUUAUAAGAAGCAUUAUCAACAGUAGCCAAAUUAUGGAAAGAACCCAAAUGCCCAUUGACUGAUGAAUUCAUAAAGAAAUGUGUCAUUCUAACAAUAUUUGUCCUUCUAAUUAAUGAGCAUGCAAUAUUUUCCCAUUUCUUUGUGUCUUCUUCGAUUUCUUUUAUAAGCAUUCUAUAGUUUUCAGAGUACAGAUGUUUUACUCCUUAGUUAUGUUUAUUCCUCAGUAUCUUAUGGUUUUUGUUGCAAUUGUAAAUGGGAUAGAUUCCUUGAUUCCUCUUUCUGCUACUUCAUAAUUGGUGUAUAGAUAUGCAACUGAUUUCUGUACGUUGAUUUGAUAUCCUGGGUCUUUGCUAAAUUCUUGUAUCAGUUCUAACAAUUUUUUUGGUGUAGUCUUUCAGGUUUUCCAUGUAGCAUAUCAUGUCAUCCGUGAAGAGUGGAAAUUUGACUUCCUCUUUGCCAAUUCAUAUGCCUUUUAUUUAUUUUUCUUCUCUGAUUGCUUAAGGUAGAACUUCCAGUACUAUGUUAAAUAACAAUGUUGAGAGUGGACAUCACUGUUGUAUUACUAAUCUCAGGGGGAAAGCUCUUGAUUUUUCCAGUUGAGGAUAUUAGCUCUGGGUCUUUUGUAUAUCGCCUUUAUAAUGUCGAGGUAUGUUCCUUUUAUCCCUACUUUCUUGAGAGUUUUUAUUCAAGAAAGGAUGCUGUAUUUUGUCAAAUGCAUUUCCUGCAUAUAUUUAGAGGAUCAUAAGGUUCUUAUCCUUUAUCUUAUUCAUGAGGUAUAUCACGUUGAUUGAUUUGUAGAUAUUGAACCACCUCUGUAGCCCAGGUAUAAAUCCCACUUGAUCAUGAUAAAUAAUUUUUUUUUAUUUGUUGUUGGAUUCAAUUUGCUAAUAUCUUGUUGGAAAACUUUACAUACAUGUUCAGCAGGGAAAUUAAUCUGUAAUUUUCCUUUUUA